GGUUAGUUUCAGCUAGCCAGCUAAGAAAUUCUCGAAACAGAGGUGGAACUGAAUCAGCUGAGAGUGGAGGGGUAAAGGGAGUGAAAAAAAUGAUGAUUGCUGACGGAAUCGAAGACGAAGAGAAAUGGCUAGCUGAAGGCAUCGCCGGGAUUCAACACAACGCCUUUUACCUGCAUCGUGCUGUGGAGUCCAAUAAUCUGAGAGAAGCACUUAAGUACUCCGCGCAACUUUUGUCUGAGCUUCGAACUUCCAGACUUUCACCUCACAAAUACUACGAGCUUUAUAUGCGAGCUUUUGAUGAAUUGCGGAGGCUUGAAAUGUUCUUCAAGGAUGAGGAUAGACAUGGUUGUUCCGUCGUUGACCUUUAUGAACUUGUCCAACAUGCUGGCAAUGUUUUACCUCGGCUGUAUCUUUUGUGUACAGUAGGAUCUGUUUACAUCAAAUCAAAGGAGGCUCCGGCAAAGGAUGUUCUUAAGGACCUUGUUGAAAUGUGCCGCAGUGUUCAGCAUCCAAUACGUGGGCUCUUUUUGAGGAGUUAUUUGGCUCAAAUUAGUCGAGAUAAGUUACCAGAUAUUGGCUCUGAGUAUGAAGGAGAUGGUGAUACCGUCAUGGAUGCUGUGGAUUUUGUGCUUCAAAACUUUACUGAGAUGAAUAAACUUUGGGUUCGAAUGCAGCAUCAGGGACCUAUCAGGGUAAAAGAGAAACUGGACAAGGAAAGGAGCGAGCUUCGUGAUCUUGUUGGGAAGAAUUUGCAUGUCCUCAGUCAAGUAGAGGGUGUUGACCUCGAAAUAUACAAAGAUACUGUUCUCCCAAGGGUCUUGGAACAGGUUGUCAAUUGUAAAGAUGAGCUUGCGCAGUAUUAUUUGAUGGACUGCAUAAUUCAGGUCUUUCCAGAUGAGUAUCACCUACAGACUCUUGAGACAUUAUUGGGUGCAUUUCCCCAACUUCAACCUGCAGUUGACAUUAAGACAGUGUUAUCACAACUGAUGGACAGAUUGUCAAACUAUGCUGCUUCUAGUGCAGAAGUUUUACCUGAAUUCCUACAAGUAGAAGCAUUUGCCAAGUUAAGCAAUGCCAUUGGCAAGGUGAUUGAAGCACAGGUGGAAAUGCCAGUUGUUGGGGCCAUUUCCUUGUAUGUCUCCCUUCUGACAUUUGCUCUCAGAGUUCAUUCGGAUCGUCUUGACUAUGUAGAUCAAGUUCUGGGAGCAUGUGUCAAGAAACUUUCUGGGAGCCCAAAGCUCGAAGAUAAUAAGGCGACAAAGCAAGUAGUUGCUCUUUUAACUGCACCGUUAGAGAAAUACAAUGAUAUUGACACAGCUCUCACUCUUUCCAAUUAUCCGCGUGUCAUGGAUCAUCUUGAUGCUGGGACUAAUAAAAUCAUGGCCAUGGUUCUUAUCCAAAGUAUUAUGAAGUACAACACGUGUGUCUCGACUGCUGAGAAGGUUGAUGUUUUGUUUGAGUUGAUAAAAGGGCUUAUCAAGGAUAUAGAUGGUACUUUAGCUGAUGAGCUCGACGAGGAGGAUUUCAAGGAGGAGCAGAAUUCUGUGGCUCGACUUGUACAUAUGCUAUAUAAUGAUGACCCGGAGGAGAUGUUACAGAUAAUAUGUACCGUGAGAAAGCAUAUCAUGGCUGGAGGUCCAAAGCGCUUGCCUUUUACAGUUCCACCUCUUGUUUUUUCUGCCCUCAAGUUGGUUAGGCGAUUGCAAGGACUAGAUGGAGAAGUUGCUGGAGAAGAGGUCCCAGCAACUCCAAGGAAAAUAUUUCAGCUCCUGAAUCAGAUAAUUGAGGCACUCUCAAAUGUUCCGUCUCCUGAACUGGCAUUGAGAUUGUACUUACAGUGUGCUGAGGCUGCCAAUGACUGUGAUCUUGAGCCAGUUGCUUAUGAAUUUUUCACACAAGCAUUUGUAUUAUAUGAGGAAGAAGUUGCGGAUUCUAAAGCCCAGGUGACUUCUAUACACCUAAUUAUUGGGACUCUUCAGAGGAUGAAUGCAUUUGGUGUGGAGAAUAGGGAUACUCUAACACACAAGGCCACUGGGUAUUCAGCAAAGCUUUUGAAGAAACCUGAUCAGUGUCGGGCAGUUUAUGCCUGUUCACACCUCUUUUGGGUUGAUGAUCAAGAUGGAAUCAAGGACGGAGAAAGGGUUUUACUUUGCCUCAAGCGAUCUCUCAGGAUUGCAAAUGCUGCACAACAAAUGGCCAACGUUACAAGGGGCACUGGUGGACCAGUUACACUCUUUGUUGAAAUACUGAAUAAGUAUCUUUAUUUUUUCGAAAAGGGGAACCCCCAGAUAACAAGUGCAGCAAUUCAGGGUCUUAUAGAAUUAAUAAAAACUGAGAUGCAGAGUGAUACAGCGACACCAGAUCCAGCUUCGGAUGCUUUCUUUGCCUGCACGUUACGGUAUAUUGAAUUUCAGAAACAAAAAGGUGGUGCAAUGGGUGAGAAAUAUGAUUCCAUCAGAAUUUGACGCUUGGUGUUUGACCAUUCCUUUCAUGAAGAUGGUUGGAUGGAACUGAUGGUCAUUGUGGUUGAGGCUGCUUGUCUUCUGCUUUGCACAUAGUAUACACACUUCCAAUGUAACAAGUCCAUAACUUAGUUUUCUGUAGAUUUUCAUUUUCCAUACUUUUUCCUCUCCUUUUUUCCUUUAUAAUUUUAAUUGCUUUGUUCCCUUCCCAACCUUCCGCCCACUUCUUUUUCCUCUUGUUUGGUUGUUUGAACUUGUAUCCAUUUUCUUCUUCCCGUGUAUGUAGAAGUUGCUCUUGACUUCUUCCCGUCAUAUGGCAUCAUUAGUACAAAAAUUUUAUUUAUUUGAUCCGUUUUUGAUGACCGA